AUGCCUCGGGAUCCGCUCAUUGGCCUGGUCGGCAAGCCGUCGGCCGGCAAGAGUACGACGCUCAACAGUCUGACAGAUGCCUCGUCAAAAGUUGGAAACUUCCCAUUCACCACAAUCGACCCCCAACGAGCGAUCGGCUACCUCCAAAUAGAAUGCGCUUGCGCGCGACACAACGUCUCGGACCGCUGCCGGCCCAACUACGGCGCCUGUGUUGAGGGCCGGCGCUCGGUGCCCAUUGAGCUCCUCGACGUCGCUGGCCUCGUGCCCGGCGCGCACCAGGGCAAAGGGCUGGGCAACAAGUUCCUUGACGACCUGCGACACGCCGAUGCGCUGAUACACGUGGUGGACGCCUCCGGCACUGUGGACGCCGAGGGCAAAGAGACGCGCGGCUACGACCCUUCAGUGGACAUUGCCUGGCUGCGCGGCGAGAUCGUGGCAUGGAUCCGCGGCAACCUGAUGGAGAAGUGGGGGUCGAUCCGGCGGCGGCACAUGGCCAUCAAGGCGACGGCCGUCGACACGCUGCAGGGACAGUUCUCGGGAUACGGCAGCACGUCCAACGUGGUGGCGCGAGCGCUGGACCGGCUGGGGAUUAAGGAGCCGCUCGAGGACUGGGACGCCGAGACCAUCGACCGGGUCGUCAACGCCUUCACGGACGAGAAGUUCCCGACCGUCAUCGCGCUCAACAAGAUCGACCACCCGGACGCGGACAAGAACAUCUCCAAGAUCGCCAAGAUGCAGGACCCCAACAGCAUCGUGCUGUGCUCGGCCAUCUCGGAGAUCUUCCUGCGCAAGAUGGCCAAGCAGGGCUACAUUAAGUACACGGAGGGUAGCGAGUUCGUCGACACGAGGGAGGACCUCAUCGAGCAAGGGGACCCGACGGGCGGCGGGCUCAAGGAGUUGGACGAGAAGAAUCGCAACCGGAUAGAGAACCUCAAGGACAUGGUUCUCUACCGGUUCGGGUCGACAGGCGUCGUGCAAGUGCUCUCUAAGGCGGCCGAGAUCCUGGGCCUCGUGCCCAUCUUCCCGGUGCGCAACACCAGCUCCUUCAGCUCCGGCGCCGCCGAGUCCCGGUUCGUCUUCCGCGACUGCGUGCUGGUCAAGAAGGGCACGACGGUGGGCGAGGCGGCGCGCAAGGUCAUGGGCGACGCGCCCAUCGCGUACAUCGAGGGCGCGGGAGGGCAGAGAGUGGCGGAGGACGACCCCGUCGCGGUCGGGAAGAACGAUAUCCUGUCGUUCAAGGUCGGGAGGGCCUGA